CCAGCGUAUUCUACGACAGUUGCGAAGAACUCAUCGCCUAUAUAGAGAAUCUCAUGACCGAGCCGCCGGAGCGCGUGAUCGACGACGAUUUAAACAUGCGAUACAACAUGGCGGCCAGAAACAGCCUUUUCGAUAUGGACUGGCGCGUGCUCAAGUACGGAGAGUGCAUCUUCUUGGGGGAGCUGAGGAAGCUGAUUGACCUGUGCGCUGAUUGCUUCAAGAGAGCGGAGAACAGGAGGCGACGCGACGAGAGACAGCUGGAAGUGGUUGCUUCCGAUUUGGAUACAGAAAUGAAGAGACUCUCACAGGUCGUCGAUGAUUUAGACUGGCAAGAUACGGUCAAUGAGAACGUGACGACGAAAAUCAGCACAAUUCAAACGAUUAUAACGAAAACAUCUAAACAGGAAAAGCCAAAGUUGAAUAAUCCGGUUUUCAAAGUGAAAAAGGUGAAGCCGGUCAAUUUGAUUGUUAAUUUGGAUAAAACUUCUGAGGUCAAGUCGAUUGAACCGUACAAAUCGCCUGAAAAAUAUCCUGAAACUCCCAAAUCACCAGCGCACACUAGCGGAGUUAAUACGAUAAAUAGAAAGGAGUUUUGGAGUUUGUUUAAAAAUGAUACGGAGUGGUGGAAAGCUCUCGCGCAGAGGAAUCUGGAGAAAAUGGAAGAAACUAGACGCGAACUAGAGAGGUUUAGUGGUCACGAACUAGUUCUGGGUGAGAUUCAAACUGAAUUAGAUAGAUAUGAGAAGGAAAAGCACACCUUACGUACGUUUAUCGAAGAGGUCGACUUGUCAAAAACUAUUAACAAAGAUCUCGAAUACAAUAAGAAAUAUGAAGAUAUCGUGCUGAAGUUGAUCGAUUUUGCCAAAAAAGAUUUCGUAUUCAAAGGUUUCGAUCCAUUAAUAGUUAAACUUAAAGAGCUCUCGAACAUAGAAAUAGAAAAAAGGAAGAAGAAUAUUCAAAUCGAAGAUAUACUGAACAUCACGAAUGUAGACAUAUCGAAAUAUACGUACGAAGAGUUAUGUUUGCUGGAGAAGCGUUACAAAGAAUUAAUUAGGAAAUACAAAAUUCAUACGCACGAUAAAGAGAACGUAACGCCUGAACGUGAAACAGAGAACAAAUCUGUGUAUCACAAAAACGUCAUACUGAACGUGCAUUCCAGUCAGAACAUAACACGUAACGUCAACCAAUACACGUCCGUCUCAAACGAGAACACGCUGAAGAGGAAUAAGAAUAGAGAUGAGAUGUCGAAAAAUAACUUGGAAAUCUUGGACAUAACGCGGACGUACCCGCUCGAGUACUACGCGAAUAACUGGUGGUCCAUCUACGAGGAUAUAGUGAAAAAUCGCGAGCGCCAGUUCGGCAGCAUAGACAACUGGUGGGAGUUCUAUGAAGCGGUGCUGAACAGAAAGGACACCAGCGCGGAAGACUUGAAACGGCUCCGAGAAAUAAUGAAAUACAGAAGCUUGAGACGGUCCAGGCCGAAUAGUCGGAUGGAGGAGCAGCUAAAGAUGCUAGACGAUGUGGAUAACACGCGGUUCCGCGAAAGCGAAGCGGUGGCGACGAGCGGCAACGAAUCGGUGAUGGUGACGAACGUGACGUCACUGCUGAAGACCGUGAAGGCGGUGGAGGACGAGCACACGCGCGGUACCCGGGCGUUGGAGUCAACUAUAGAGGCCAUCUCGCAGGAGAUCGAAGUGCUGAUGUCGAGCUCCGCCCCGACGGGCUGCGCGUCGGCCGAGGAGCUGGUGCGGUGCACGCGGCUGAUGACGGCGGCGACGGCGCGCGCCGUGGCGGCGGGCGGCGUGGGCGGCGCCGCGGGGCAGGAGCAGCUCACGGCCGCCGCCAACCUGGGCCGCAAGACCGUGCUCGACAUGCUGGCGGCAGCCAAGAGCGCGGCGCACGCAGCCGAAAGCGACGAGCUGCGCACGCGCACGCUGGAGAGCACGCGCGCGGCUGCGGAGGCGUACCGCGCCCUGCUCAGUGCAUUGCUCACCGCGCCAGCGAGCAAAGCCGCGUUACCCGACCUGUCGAGAAACGUGGCGCAUGCUGUAGCGGAUAUGUUAGCGGCCGCUGAGUUGCUUAAAGGUUCCGACUGGGUGGAUCCCGCGGAUCCCACGGUGAUUGCAGAACAAGAGUUACUCGGAGCCGCGGCGUCCAUCGACGCGGCGGCCAGGAAACUUGACAAGCUCAGACCCCGGAUUGUGCCGAAUACACAGGAAACGGACGAUACUCUGAACUUCGACGAGAUGAUCCUGGAGGCUGCGAAGUCCAUCAUAGCGGCCACUUCCGCUCUCGUACGCGCCGCUUCCGCCGCGCAGAGGGAGCUCAUCGAUCAGGGCAAAGUGGCGCGCCGUCCGACGUCGUCAUCGGACGACGGCCAGUGGUCGGAGGGGCUUGUGUCGGCCGCGCGCCUCGUCGCCGCCGCUGCGCACGCGCUCGUCGAGGCGGCCAACGCGCUUGUGCAGGGUGCGGCGUCAGAAGAGCGUCUGAUAUCGAGCGCCAGACAGGUGGCCUCCUCCACCGCACAACUACUCGUCGCGUGUAAGGUGAAGGCGGACCCGUCGGGCGAGUCGACGCGGCGGCUGCAGGCGGCCGGCGCGGAGGUGAUCCGCUCCACCGACAACCUCGUGCGCGCCGCGCGCGACGCCAUCCACUGCGACGACGAGCGCUCGCUCGUGCUCAACCGCCGCAUGGUGGGCGGCAUCGCGCAGGAGAUCGACGCGAGAUCUGAAGUGCUCCGCAUAGAAAAGGAAUUGGAAGAAGCCCGCGGCCGCCUCACCGCGAUCAGACAGGCCAAGUACAAACUGCGCGGCGACACCUCCGGCGACGAGACCGACACCGACCACGACGGUCACGGUCACGGUCAAAGAUUCAAAUCGCCGACGUCAAGCUUCGCGAACACGACCUACAGCCCCAACAGCACGUACAGCGCGCACAACGCGCCGCAGCACACGACGUUCAGCACGACGCAGCACAGCGCGAACCUCUCGCAGAGCCUCACGUCGCCGGGGCACGGGCAGGGGCAGGGCCCCGCUGCGGGCCACCACGCGAACGGCUACGCGAGGGAGAGGGACGAUGGCAAGAGCGCGCAGAGCCCGUCCUUCUCCAGCUUCCGCCCGGACGAGACGCCCAAGCAGAAUUACGAAGGUUUCACCACACGAGAAAAAACUACGAGUAAUGACAGAACGAUGAAAAACGAGACGAGCAUGACAGAGGAAACGGUUGUCGUCAAGUCGUUGCAACUGCCGGAAGUGCGAACGGCGCUGUUGGUGGACGGCGAGCGCGUGAGCUACCGCCGCGAGAGGCCGCCGCCGCCGCCGCCCAGGCGAAUAUCGCUCCUAAAUUACGAGACCCGCCUGUACGACACGCCGCGUCCCGUCAACGAAUACUAUUCUAAAAUAGAUGAGCAAAGGCAAUACGAAAGCAAUCAGUACUAUAAGGAGGAGAAGUAUGGAUACGACGCGCCUAAAGUGUCCGCGCCGAUGAGUCCCAAGUUCAACGCGCGCGACCUCCCCAAAACUCCGACGUUCUUUGAUGAUAAAUCCGAACCGAUUUACUCCACUUUGAGGAAAUCCAAAUCGCCCUUAGACGGUGUCGGACAGACUUUCAGCGAACAUCACAAGUCCACUGAAGCCAUCCCCGGCGGCACGAAGCAUUCGGAGUUCUCCAUCAAGAGCGAGUCGUAUCAGAGCUACCCGAAAACAGAGUACAUCAAAACGGAAACGAGACAAGACGUCAAAUCCCCGUUCGCCACAUCCACGCCCACUAAAAUAGACAAGGAGUUCAAACACAUGGACAUGGUGAAAGUGCCCACGCCGGAUUUCGACAGAAUGUCGUCGCCGUACGGCAAAGAGUCGCACAGCUACGGUGGGCCGAAUUUCCUUGAGGAAACGACCACCGAAGUUAAAGAUAUACCCAACGGCACCCAGAAGAUAACAACCACGAAGAUAUACAGCUCGUCGCCGGUGAAUCUGACCAGCACAAGCACGAAAUACGAGCCCAUCAAGCUCGAGGGCAUCGACGAGCUGUCGAAAUUCGAUAACGACUCACGCUACAGCACACUGGACUCUCGAUUCAACACGCUCGAAUCGAAAAUGAGCUCUGACACCAGCCGCUCCUUCAUGCGACCCUCAGAGUUCCAAUCGACAGAGUAUCAGACCAGCAGCAUGAAGGUGAAGAAACCAUCGGAUCUGGUAAAGGAAAUUGACAGCUUGGACAAGAAGUUCUCCAAGCAGACGAUCACCUCGGAGACGAUAGAACGCAAAUCGGUCAUGACCAGCUCGCACAAAUCGGAGACCAGCUCCACAGUGACCAAGAAGUUUGGGAACUUUUAAGCGAGUUGGGAUCUCGCCCGCUACGGUCGUGCGACGUCACCGCGUAAAUUAUAUACAAAGAGUUAUGUAUUUACAAUUGUAAGGUGCCUUAACUAUAUGCAGCUUUGUUUGUAUUUAUUUUUUAUUAUAUUUUAACGUAAGAUAAUGAUGCCCGUGUGAGCUAACGUCCACUGAAGGUAAACAACACCAAUAUAUAAUAAUAGAUUUUAAAUAUAUUUUAUAACCAUAUAAUAAGUAUAGAGGUUAUAUUUAAAUAUGUACUAAGAUUGACAUUCGUGUUUUUUCAAAUAUAUUUCGAGAUAAAUGUUAUUAUAUUCUUGAUUAUGUAAUUUUUAACUUAUAACCGAUAUUAAGUUGUACGCUAGAUGUCUAAGUAUGUAUUAAUCUCAUGUAACGUUAAGCCAAAUGAUUUUUUAUGUAUAAGUGAUACUAAUGAGUACAUGUUAUUUUUUAUUUUGAGAUUUUAAUAAUCGUCGGUAGCUGUUGCGGUAGGGGCGACAUUUAUGUGUAAUUUAUAUUUAAUAAACUGUGUAACUCAAA